AAAACCGAGGGUCGAAACCACUUUUAUAGGUUCGUGGCACCAAAUACCAAACUUCAUAAAAGGGUUUGUUGGUAUAGCUUUCCAAAAACACCCCAUUACGUUGAAACCAAGAAGCCGGCAAUUUAGAAUGUUUUGGGCAAUCAUAAAAUACCGGUCAACCGCCCCCACUAUUCCCGAUACCCUCACCUUCCAACCUUCGAGCCAUUGAAAAAGCCCCACAAAAACCCACAAACCCAUGACCAUAUAUCCCCAUGGCCAAAAUCAUUCGUGAAUCCGCCGGAAAGAUGACGCAGCUCUGCCGGAGGAUCGUCCACGUCAAGAUCAAGUGGAGCGUUCUCGAGAGGGUGUCGGUUUUCCGGCAGUUCUUCACGUUCAUCUGGGACAGGAUUCUUGCUUGCUCCGUCGGGAGGCCGAGUCGGUACCGCCGUUUGUCUCGCCGGAAUUCUUGUCCGUCGAUGGAGGCUAUGGAGCUGGGUUUGGAGCCCCACGACUUGGCAGUUAGUGGGUACAGUUCCGAUUCGGAUUCGGACCUGGUUGCUCUGAAAAUCAGUAUACUGGGUGAUUGCCAAAUUGGAAAAACAAGCUUUGUGAUUAAGUAUGUGGGAGAUGAACCAGAAAAGAGAGGACUAGAGACACAGGGGUUGAAUCUCAUGGACAAGACAUUGUGUGUUCAAGGGGCAAGAAUCGCUUUCAGAAUAUGGGAUGUGGGAGGGGACCCCAAGUCUCUGGAUCAAGUUCCUAUUGCCUGUAAAGACGCAGUAGCCAUUUUGUUCAUGUUUGAUCUUACUAGUCGGUGUACUCUAAAUAGUGUUCUUGGAUGGUACAAUCAAGCAAGAAAGUGGAAUCAGACGGCAAUGCCUAUACUAAUCGGGACCAAAUUCGACGAUUUUGUCCAACUUCCGCCGGAUUUGCAGUGGACUAUUAUCACCGAGGCCAGGGCAUAUGCAAGGGCUAUGAAAGCAACGCUGUUCUUCUCAAGUGCCACCCACAACAUCAACGUGAACAAAAUAUUCAAGUUCAUCAUGGCCAAGCUCUUCAAUCUGCCUUGGACCGUCCAGAGAAAUUUGACUCUUGGGGAACCCAUUAUUGACUUCUAAUAGUAAUUCUCUUUAUCCACUUGUACAUAGCCAUCUCGCGCGUACACGGCCAAUAUAAAGUUUUUUUUUUGUUUUUUUUUUGAGAAUUUACUGUAGUUUUACCAAUCAGUGGGGCCUAUACUUCGAUCUUCUGGGGUUUGGGCAGUUGGGUGUGUAGAGUAGUAUUUGUAUUAACCCGAGUUUCAACUGAUCAAAUAACACAACGCUCAAUUUGUUGUUGUU